UUGUCACUAAAAUGCUAACGAUCUUAAUAAAAAGUUCUCGAGACAAAUAAUAUUGAAUGUUAUCUAUUCUAUACUUUGUCUGUGCUUCUAUUUCGCGCCAAAAGCCGUAAUAAAUAGAAUAGGAAAAAUUAAUAAUUAUUGAAAUUUUAAAUAUAAUCAAAUUAUUCUGAUUUGAAAAUGGUUGGAAAAGGAAGAAUGUAUGUGAUAAAACGCGAUGGGCGCAAAGAAGAUGUUCAUUUCGACAAAAUUACAUCCAGGAUAUCUAAAUUAUGUUAUAAUUUAGAUAUGGAUUAUAUAGAUCCUUCUGCAAUCACUUUUCGUGUUAUCAGUGGUUUAUAUUCAGGUGUAACUACUGUUGAAUUAGAUAAUCUUGCAGCUGAAACAGCAGCAACUAUGACUACUAAACAUCCAGAUUAUGCAAUAUUAGCUGCACGAAUUGCAAUUUCUAAUCUUCAUAAAGAAACAACAAAAAGUUUUAGCGAAGUAAUAUAUAAUUUAUAUCAUGUAAAGGAACAAUAUACAAAUAAUCAAAAACCUGUUAUUAGUGAGAAAUAUUAUAAUAUUAUACAAAAAAAUGCAAAUAAGUUAAAUUCUGCAAUAAUUUAUGAUAGAGAUUUUAGUUAUAAUUAUUUUGGUUUCAAAACGCUUGAAAGAAGUUAUUUAUUAAAAAUACAUGGAAAAGUAGUUGAAAGACCACAGCAUAUGUUAAUGAGAGUUGCAGUUGCUAUCCAUGGUGAAGAUAUUAACAAAGCUAUAGAAACUUAUAAUUUUUUAUCAGAACGUUAUUUUACACAUGCAUCUCCAACACUUUUUUCUGCAUGUACUAGGCAACAGCAAAUGUCUAGCUGUUUUUUAUUAACAAUGAGUGAAGAUAGUAUUGAAGGAAUUUAUGACACAUUAAAAAGAUGUGCACUCAUUAGCAAAUCAGCUGGUGGUAUUGGACUUAAUGUACAUUGUAUUCGAGCAAGAGGUACACCAAUAGCUGGUACACUUGGUGUAUCUAAUGGUUUGAUUCCAAUGAUUAGAGUAUACAAUAAUACAGCUCGAUAUGUUGAUCAAGGAGGAAAUAAAAGACCUGGAGCAUUUGCUAUAUAUUUAGAACCAUGGCAUGCAGAUAUUUUUGAAUUUUUAGAUCUUAAAAAAAAUACUGGUAAAGAAGAAAAUAGAGCUAGAGAAUUAUUCUAUGCUCUAUGGAUACCUGAUCUUUUUAUGAAACGAGUUUUGGAUAAUGAUAUAUGGACUUUAAUGUGUCCACAUGAAUCUCCUGGUUUGGCUGAUGUUUGGGGCAAUGAAUUUGAAAUUCUCUAUACACGGUAUGAGAAUGAGAAAAGAUAUAAACGACAAAUUCAAGCUAGAGAUUUAUGGACAGCUAUUCUUAUUUCUCAAGUUGAAACAGGAACUCCAUAUAUGCUUUAUAAAGAUCAUUGUAAUCGCAAAUCAAAUCAUCAAAAUAUAGGAACAAUAAAAAGUAGUAAUUUAUGUACAGAAGUUGUGCAGUAUUCCAGUCCAGAUGAAGUUGCUGUCUGUAAUUUAGCUUCAAUUGCUGUUAAUAUGUUUGUAAAUCCUAUUAAUCAAACAUUUGAUUUUCAAAAACUUCUGAAAGUAACAAAAAUUGUUACUUGUAAUCUCGACAAAAUUAUCGAUGUCAAUUAUUAUCCCAUUCCAGAAGCAAAAAAGUCAAAUUUUAGACAUAGACCUAUAGGUAUUGGAAUUCAAGGUCUUGCAGAUGCAUUUCUUUUAAUGCGCUAUCCAUUUGAAAGUGAAGAAGCACAAAAACUUAAUAUUCAAAUAUUUGAAACAUUGUAUUAUGGUGCUUUAGAAGCCAGUUGUGAACUUGCUGAAGAAAAAGGUACAUAUGAAACUUAUGAAGGUAGUCCAGUAAGCAAAGGAAUUUUACAAUACGAUAUGUGGAAUGCUAUUCCAACUAAUUUAUGGGAUUGGACUAUUUUGAAAAAAAAAAUUGCUAAACAUGGAGUUAGAAAUUCUUUGUUAAUUGCACCUAUGCCAACAGCAUCAACUGCACAAAUUUUAGGAAAUAAUGAAUCUAUAGAACCAUACACCAGCAAUAUCUAUACAAGAAGAGUUCUGUCAGGAGAGUUUCAAGUUGUAAAUCCUCAUUUAUUACGAGAUUUAACUGAAAGAGAUCUUUGGAAUGAGGAUAUGAAAAAUGAAAUUAUAGCAAAUAAUGGCUCUAUACAAGACAUAGAACGUAUACCAGAUGAUUUAAAAAUGCUUUAUAAAACAGUUUGGGAAAUACCACAAAAAAUAAUUUUAAAAAUGGCAGCAGAUCGUGGUGCAUUUAUAGAUCAAUCACAAUCAUUAAAUGUUCAUAUGGCAAAACCAACAACAGAAAAACUUACUUCAAUGCAUUUUUAUGGAUGGAAAAUGGGUUUGAAAACUGGCAUGUAUUAUUUAAGAACAAAACCAGCAGCAAAUGCUCUUCAAUUUACAGUUGAUAAAUCCAAAUUACGAAAUACAAGCAAUAUUACUUCUAAUCAAUCUAUUAAUUCUGAAAAUGAUAAUAAUGAAGAACUUAAUAAUAGUUCUCAAAAUGGAUGGUUACAAGAUCAAAAUAAAGAAGAUGUAGACAUAGUACUCGCAUGUUCUCGCGAAAAUGGAGAUGCGUGUAUGGCCUGUGGAUCAUAAAUAUGAUUUUCUUAUUUAAAAUUAUUUAAAAUUAUAUAUAUUGUAUUUAAGUUAUGAUUUUUAUUUAGAAUUAUAAGUGAAAAUUAUUUCAUAUUUUUAUGAGUAUUGCUUUUCAGUAUGUAUUUUAUAAUAAUAUGAUAUUGAAAAAUUCUAAAAUAAAUAAAAUUUGUUAUUAAUUAAU